GUUUGCCACUAGCAAUAAUUUGAUUACUCUACUACUCUACUCUCAGUCCCAGUCUUUCAUAAAUUUUAGGUUAGAAAAUUCUGAAAAUCAAAAAAUAGAAUAAUUUUUAAAAUGUUGCUAUCAAGGGGCGCCACAGCCCUAAGAGCCCUCAGGUGCUUAUCCAAAAAUAAGGGGCAAUUGCAGCAAACCGUCAGACACGGACACACAGCUUGGGCCUAUAGAAAGGGCACAGCCCCACCGACAAAAACGUUAUUCAUGAUUGCCGAUUUCACUCAGGGAGUGAUGUGGUGGUGGAUUUUGUGGCACUUGUGGACUGAACCAGACCACAUCCUUGGUGAAUUUGCUUGGCCAGACUCCAGGAAAUGGACCGAUGAGGAAUUGGGUAUUCCUGAGACCCUAGAGCUUGAUGAAUAGUAAUUUGUUAUUGUGUAUAGUUUGUUUAUUAUCAGUAAAAUAAUCUUAUAAAAAUUAAAAUAUAUAGUAUUUUUAUCUUGGACACAUGGCAUGUCGUCCACCAUCCACUGGUAAAGUAGCUCCAGUAAUAAAACUAGCACUGUCGCUAGCCAAAAAAGCUAUAGUCCUAGCAACUUCUUCUGCAGUUCCAGGCCUGCCUAAUGCGUGAGUCUCUUGUGACCUUUUUAUAAAGACCUCAUAUUGUUCUUGAUUCAUGCCACCUCUUUUGUGUAAAUUUGUAACAGUCACUCCGGGAUUGACUGCAUUAACUCUGACUUGUUUAGGAGCUAAAUCUAAUGCAGCACAUCUA